UCAGGAAAGAUUCGAAGGCCGUUGCUUCCAGAUUAGCUGCCCCAUUGCCUCAGAUUCGGUAUCUGAAGAGCCUUUUGCUGAGAGUUCAAUGAGCGAAAGUCCUAAAGCAGAUGGAGAAACUCAGUUCCCUUCUUCUCCUGGCUUGAGAAGAAGAUUUGUGGCAGCCCCAAAUUUUGAUGAUAGCACUCAUGAAAUCACUCAGGUUGAUACAUCAGCACCUGUCAAACUGGAUGCUGCAGCAAAAACACACAUUGAAAAGCACAGAAAGCUUCAAGAAGACCUGACAGAUGAAAUGGUUGGGUUGGCACAACAACUAAAAGAGAGUAGUCUCUUGAUGAGCCAGUCCUUGCAAAAUACUGAAAAGAUACUCGAUUCUACAGAGAACGCUAUUGAGCAAAGCUUGGCAGGCACUGGCCGUGCCAAUGUCCGAGCCUUGGAGAUAUACUCGAAAAGUUCUAAAACUACAUGCUUCACUUGGCUUCUGAUUUUUCUAAUGACAUGUGUCUUCAUCAUGGUUGUACUCCUAAUUCGCGUCACUUAGAAGUUUCUUCAAGAUAUCAUUUUGUGACGAUACGGAGAUUAAUGACAAAUAAUAUGUAAUAUUUUCUUAUUCUGUGUUGUUUGAGGUUAUGUUGGGAUUUAUAUUUUAAUCGACGGACAACUGAUUCUGAAAUAAGUUUAACACUCA